CCCUUUCAUCUUUUCAUUUAAUAAUGCCGAAGGAAGAAAAGAACACCACCGAGCAUGAUCAUGGGGACAGGACAGACCUCGCGCACGCUGACACCAAUGCUUCAUUUCCUCAAAGAGACGAUAUCGCAAAUUUGUCCGAGGAUCAUCGACAAUAUUUGUUUCGUAAACAUGGCACGCUGGACCUGCACCCAGUCCCCUCUAUGAGUGACGCGGAUCCAUAUAACUGGCCCAGAUGGAAAAAGAACACCAACUUACUUCUAGUGGCUUUCCAUGCUCUUAUCGCCACUUUCACGCCUGCAACCAUUGUGCCAGCCUUUGGUGAUAUCGCGGAGGACUUGAAUGUCACUAUCCAAAAGGCCUCAUAUUUGACUGCCUUGCAGAUUGCCAUACUGGGUUGCGGUCCUCUCCUCUGGCGGCCUCUGUCUUCGCGGUAUGGGCGCAGACCCAUGUUCAUUGCUUCGCUCGUCGGCAGCUUCUGCUUCAAUAUCGGCUCGGCAAAAGCGCAGUCGUACGAUGCUUUGGCCGCUUGCAGCGCCUUCACGACUUUCUUCAUCUGUCCCGCCGGAGCAAUAGGGAGUGCCGUGGUAGUAGAAACAUUCUUCAAGAAUGAAAGAGCGAAAUGUAUGGGUAUCUGGACUCUGAUGUUCACACUCGGCGUCCCGACUGCACCACUAAUCUUCGGCUUCGUCGCAUACCGCGUGGGAUAUAGAUGGAUCUACUGGAUCCUCGCAAUGAUCAACGCAUUCCAACUCAUCCUCUACAUCUUCCUAGGCCCAGAAACACGCUUCAACCGCCACAAUACAACGCCACAAACUCAACUCUCCACUUUCAAGGAAUCAUACUUCCGCUUCCGCCGCAUCGAUCGGACUCCCCUCACCAUCCUCGAAUUCAUAUCCCCACUCCGUCUAGUCAAAUACCCAUGCGUACUCAUCCCCGCCGUGGCAUACGCAAUGACAUACCUCUGUGCCAGCACGAUAAUCAUCAUUGAACUCCCCGCCCUCUUCAAAGCGAAGUUCGGAUUCAACCCAGAGCAGCUAGGCCUCCAAUACAUCGGCAUCAUCAUCGGUAGCCUGAUAGGCGAGCAACUCGGCGGCCGGCUGAGCGAUUACUGGAUGAAACGAGCGCGCUCGAAAUCUGCAAACAACACCGUUCUCCCCGAGCACCGACUCUGGCUCGCGUACCCGGGCUACCUCUUCUGCAUGGCCGGCACAGUCAUCUUCUUCGUCCGCACCGAGCAAGCGCCGCAGGGUCAAUGGAACGUCACGCCCAUUGUCGGCGCGGGCGUUGCAUCUGUAGGUAAGCAGAUGCUUACCACUGUGCUCAUCACAUACGCUGUAGACUGCUACCACGAAGAAGCUGCUAGUAUAGGCGUCUUUGUUACUUUUGUACGCCAGAUGUGGAACUUUAUUGGCCCGUUUUGGUUUCCGCAGAUGUUUCGUGCGGUUGGGCUUAUUGGGAGUGCUGGGGUGGCAGUGGGGUUGAUGGUGGCUAGUGCGUUUUUGCCAACUGUUGUGCUGCAGUGUGUGAAGGGGCGUUGGAGGUUUGCGAUGAGGGGCGGAGAUUAG